UGGCUCGGCCCACAGUUGUCAUUCAUCCGUGCACUACAUUACAGUGACAUGUUACGUUUUAUCCACCAAUAUCGUGCAGAACGUUAUGCGCAAAGCCACGUUAAAUCUGUAGUUUUCUGAAUGAAGUUUGGUGUGACGCUGUCCCCGUUGCUAGUGAGCGGAAUGUGUUGUUGGGAAUUGAAGUCCUCCUUGAACACAACGAGACGCACGCAGGACAGGACAGGACAGGACAGGACAGGCGCAGGACAUCGGCUACUGUUCAUGAUUGAGACUUGACGUUUUGACACGGUAAAGUGAGAUGAAGUGUUGUCCUAACUGAGGAAUAUCAGGGAGGACUGCAGCCAUGGACUUAUUCAAACAACAGAGAGUGGAGGACUUCUAUGAGAUUGGUGAAGAGUUGGGAAGCGGGCAGUUUGCCAUCGUGAAGCAUUGCCGAGAGAAGAGCACGGGUCUGGAGUUCGCCGCCAAGUUCAUCAAGAAGCGUCAGAGCAUGGCCAGCUCGCGAGGCGUGCGGCGCGACGACAUAGAGCGCGAGGUGGACAUCCUGCAGCAGAUCCAACACCCCAACAUCGUCACGCUGCACGACGUCUACGAGAACCGCACCGACGUGGUGCUCAUCCUGGAGCUGGUAUCUGGAGGUGAGCUGUUUGACUUCCUGGCACAGAAGGAGUCUCUGAGCGAGGAAGAGGCCACUCAGUUCAUCAAGCAAAUCCUCAAGGGGGUCAACUACCUCCACGCCAGGAAAAUAGCCCACUUCGAUCUCAAGCCGGAAAACAUCAUGCUGCUGGACAAGAACGUGCCGCUGCCGAGAAUCAAACUCAUCGAUUUCGGUCUUGCCCACAAGAUUGAAGCCGGGGUUGAGUUCAAAAACAUCUUUGGAACACCUGAGUUUGUAGCACCGGAGAUUGUCAACUACGAGCCACUGGGACUAGAAGCCGAUAUGUGGAGCGUUGGGGUCAUCACCUACAUCCUGCUGAGUGGGGCUUCACCUUUCCUGGGGGAGACCAAACAGGACACGUUGAAAAACAUUUCAGCCAUAAAUUAUGAGUUUGACGAGGAGUUCUUCUGUCACACCAGUGAGCUGGCCAAGAAAUUCAUCAGCCAGUUGUUGGAGAAGGACAAGAAGAAAAGAUUAACCAUUCAAGAUGCUCUAAAUCACCCGUGGAUCAAGUCCAACGAGCACAAGGAGGAAAAUAAAGCUAAGGAGCCGAGGAAACGGGAGCGUCGCCAGCUGAAGACCAAGCGCCUGAGAGAGUACACCAUCAAGUCCCACUCAAGCAUGCCACCCAACAACACCUAUGUAAACUUUGAACGCUUUGCUCAGGUGGUAGAGGACAUCGACCAGAUGGAGAGCUCGUUCGUUAGCCUGGCAGCAGCCCACGACUCUCUGCAGGAAGACAUCGACGCCAUGGUCUCCAUAUACAACGAGAAGGAGGCCUGGUACAAGGAGGAGAGUGAAGACGUGCGACACGAGCUCUCGCAAAUCCGCUACGAGUUCCGUAAGGUGGAGGCCUUUAAGAGGAGCCUGCAGGACGACAUGCAGGCGUUCAGCUCCAGCCUCGGGGCCGUCAGCAGCCGCUACCAGGAGCGACAGAGCCACUUCGACGCACUGCGUCUGGAGCUCAGCAACGAGCUGAAGUGGGUGCAGGAGGUGAUGGGUUCAGUUCCCACGGAGGGCGGUGGCAGAGGAUACCCCAACUGCAGCUUCUCCACCGUCUUCAACAACGACGUGAAUGAAGCCCUGAAGGAGUUGCUGAGCCGCUCCUGUGGAGGGGAGCUGCUGUCCGGGAUCAACCUGGACUUUGAAACCGGACAGCAACGAUAAAUGCUUGACAGUUACUAGAAAAUCUUCUAAAAUCCCAACGCUGACGAGUACAGAGUCAAGGUGACGAUAGGGAGAACUAUGUCAGGGUGUGAAAGAUGACAUCUGUCGCUACACAUAAAUACUUAGCAGAGAUGUAGUUUCACACUAGAGAAGUAUUAUCCUAUUUUUGCAGACAAACUGCAUAUUUUUUAUGCUGGACAUAGUUAGGCUUUGCUUAACUAAAGACAUUCUUAUUUAUCCCAGUUUUCAUUUUUUUGGCAACAACACAGAUUUGCGCCGCCUGCUGUCAUAGAGAUGUAUUACAUCUCACGCAUGCUUGAGUCGGCGUCACUUUGGUGUGUUCA